AUGACAGACCCAAAUAGACAAGCUGACGCGCUGCUCACCGAGCACUUUCAAUACACACCUCUGUCUCUCAUCGACGACAUAAUCAACGCCGUAAACACCAUCAUCUACCAAGCAAUCGAAGCCUUAGAGAACGGCCUCCUCUCGAUACCCCCGAAGCAGCUGGGCUUUGCGCGCCAUCAGAGCCCCUCCACCAUAUCGAUACCUGACACUGAUGGCGACGGCAAUGUCGAAUACCCUGAAGCGACAACCGAGCUCGAGAAUGGCGUACAUCAGCUUGAGACGCUACUGGAAUCUACAGUCGACAAGUCGUUUGAUAAGUUUGAGAUUUACACCUUGAGGAACAUCCUGACUAUUCCCGAUGAUUUGUCGCCGUGGAUGCGGUUGGCGCAUUAUGAAGACAUCCAGCUUCCGAUCUCGUCUUCCGCCCCAACGCCGGAAUCCAUCCUCCUCCUUCGGCGCAAACUCCAGGAGACCCGCAAGUUGAACCUCGCGCUCCGCUCUACACACGCCCGGAACGCAACGCUCAUUUCCCAACUCAAUACCUUGCUCUCCCCUCCCACCGCCGCAGAUGGUCCCUCACUCGCGUUCCUCACAUCCCACACCAACCCCGCGGCUCAGUCUCUCAAUCUCUCGUUCUCGCCCUCGUCUAAAGACACGACGCCCCUUACGACAAAUGCGCAGUUCGCUACAUCUCAAUUGCCUGCGCUGAAGAAACUAGUGGCGGAACUGCGGCCCAAGAUGCAGGAAGUCAGAGAGGGGCCAGGUGGUAAAGUGGAUUGGGAUGGGGAGAGAGAAAAGAGGAGGGCGUAUAUUGAAAGUGGGGUCAGGAGGCAUGUAGGGGUUGGGAGAGAGAAUGGGGAAGCUGUGGGAGGUGAAAUAAGGGCGAGGGACGAGGUAGAGGGGUUGGAGGCUGUGGUCGGAGCUCUGGGGCAAGGGUCGAGGAUGGAAGAAUAG